UUCCGAAACGUGAGGCAGGCUGAGAGAGAGAGAGAUCGAAAAUGUGGCUGAGUCCGCUCAGAGAAAUAGUGGGAUCGAGAGAGCUGCGCGCUGAGUGGAGGGAGAAAGCGAGUGAGAUGGAGGCGGGGGGAAGUUCCAUCUCUGCGGGGACUGGAGUGCCCGUGCCCUGGACCGACGGCGCAGUGCUGGCUAACGUUCAACCCACCCCUUCUUCCACAACGAGACUGACUCACGCCGAGACAGAAGACGAUACAUCUACAGAUGAACGGACAAAUGGAGUCGGCCAACCAAGACCAAGUGUGGGCACAGGAUGACCUCUUAAAACUGCUUGAUGCAAUGAAAGUGGCCCUGCCUCAGAAGGAUCUGACCAAGUACAAGACAUCUGAGGCCCACCUUGACUGGGGAAAGGUGGCUUUCAACUCUUACACUGCAGAGAUGUGUAAGCAGAAGUGGCAAGAGGUCUCCAAAGAGAUUCGCAAGUUUCGUACAUUAACAGAGCUGAUCUUUGAUGCCCAGGACUACAUCAAAAACCCCUAUAAAGGGAAGAAAUUAAAGAAACACCCAGAUUUCCCCAAAAAACCCUUGACUCCCUACUUCCGCUUCUUCAUGGAAAAGAGAGCAAAAUAUGCUAAACUCCACCCUGAGAUGAGCAACUUGGAUCUCACUAAGAUCCUCUCAAAGAAGUAUAGGGAGCUGCCAGAAAAAAAGAAGAAAAAAUACGUGGAAGACUUUUUGAGAGACAAAGAAUCAUUUGUGCAAAGUAUGCUGAAGUUCAGAGAACAGCACCCAGAUCUUGUGGAGAGCAUGGCCAAGAAAGGUUCAAAUGUUCCAGAGAAGCCUAAGACACCUCAACAGCUGUGGUACAACCAUGAAAAGAAGGCUUUCCUCAAAGUACACCCAGAUGCUACCACUAAAGACAUUAAAGAAAGUCUUGGGAAGCAGUGGACACAGUUGUCUGACAAGAAGAGGCUCAAAUGGAUUGCAAAGUCUCUGGAGCAACAGAAACAAUAUGAGGAGACAAUGCGAGAAUAUAUCCAGCAGCACCCAGACCUUAACAUGACCCUGGAGGACAUUGUCAAAUCUACCCUGACCAAGGCUGAGCGGCAACUGAAGGAUAAGUCUGAUGGCCGGCCUGAUAAGCCACCUCCAAAUGGUUAUUCUAUGUUUUGUGCGGAGUUGAUGUCAAGCAUGAAGGACGUACCCAGCACAGAACGCAUGGUCAUGUGCAGCCAACGAUGGAAGCUACUAAAACAGAAUGAAAAAGAUACCUACCAGAAACGCUGUGAACAGAGAAAGAAAGAAUAUGAAAUUGAGAUGAACAGAUUUCUCUGUAGUUUGUCAGAGAAAGAACAGCAGCGGGUUUUGGCAGAGCAGAAGAUGAUAGGAUUUAAGAAGAGCAGUGGGGCCAGCAGUCCUGCCACCAAAAAAAAGAGCUCCAAAGCAAAAGUCAGCCCAGAGAAGCCCAAAAGGCCCAUUUCAGCCAUGUUCAUCUUCUCUGAGGAAAAGCGCCCCAAACUGCAGCAGGAGCGGCCCGACCUGGCUGACAGUGAGCUCACAAGACUGCUGGCACGCAUGUGGAAUGAACUGCCGGAUAAAAAGAAGGAGAAAUAUAAGCGCCUUGAAAUGGUUCUCAAAGCAGAGUCAGCGAAAAAAGAGGAAGAGGACCGUCGUCUGCCAGACCCACCCAAGACUGCACAGGACAUCUGGCAGCAGAGCGUCAUUGGAGACUACCUGGCCAGAUUUAAGAACGACCGUCCAAAGGCACAAAAAGCAAUGGAGGGAACCUGGAACACCAUGGAGAAAAAGGAGAAGAUCAUGUGGAUCAAGAAGGCAGCAGAGGACCAGAAAAGAUAUGAGAGAGAGCUGUGUGAAAUGCGGUCACCUGCAACUGCCAUUGCCUCAGGGAAGAAGAUGAAGUUUGAGGGUGAACCCAAGAAACCGCCAUCAAAUGGAUAUCAAAAGUUCUCUCAGGAGAUGCUGUCUAAUGGAGAGCUGAACCACCUCCCUAUGAAAGAGCGCAUGACUGAGAUUGGGGGUCGCUGGCAGAGGUUGCCGCUGAAGGAAAAGGAUCGCUACAAGAAGAUAGCAGAGGAGAAGCAGAGGCAGUACAAAGUACUGCUGGAACAGUGGCUGGCGAGCCUGUCGUCUCAAGAGAGAAAUACGUACAAAGAGUAUAACUCACAAAAAAGAAAGAGUACAGCAAAACCAGGGGGCCCCAAUGCCAAAUCAAAGGCCAAGUCCAAGAAGUCGGAAUCUGAGGAAGAAGAUGACGAGGAUGAGGAAGAUGAGGAUGAGCAGGAGAAGGCAUCCUCUGAGGCAGACUCAUCCAGUGAGGAGGAGGAAGAGGACGAGGAUGAUGAGGAUGACGAUGAGGAUGAUGAUGAAGAUGACAAUGAUGAAGAUGAGGCGGAGGAUAAGGAGAACAAGUCUGAGGAUAGCAGCAGUGAGUCGAGUUCAGCAGAGACCUCGGACACUGACUCAGACUGAAAUGGGCCUAUGGGGUCCUGAGAGAGACUGAGCAGCGCUGAGUUGAGCCAGGAGUCCAGGGAACGCUGGAACUCUGCCACUGUGCCAACCCUGCUCUCCUCCCACCACCAGAGGAAGCCCUUGAAUUGCCUCGUCCAUUUCGCACUCACCUACUCUCUGGUGCUGUAAUAGUGAUCUGUUCAUGGGGAGACCCUUUCCAUGUGUCCAAAUAUUGUUUCAGGCCCUGCCUAUGAUUGCCAUCUCAUAUUUCUGGGCAUUGAUGGAGCGCCCAAAGAGACAUGCCACUGGCUUGACAAUGUCAUGAGCAUUUCUACAUUUUAGCUUCAAUCCUGUGUUACAGGUCAGUUGUUGGGAGUUAGGAUUCUACUGUCCAGGACGAAAAAUUUCCCUCCACUGAUAUAUUUAUUAAAAAAAAAAAAAAAAAAGAAAGAAAAAACUAGGCUAAAGACAGAUCCACAGUUGAAGUAGUGGAGCUGUGAACAGGCUUUAUAGAGCCAAAGAACAUAUUAGUAUGGUGGAUCACUUUGGGGUUGGGGGGUUGCGGGGUACAAAAAUAUUGCACUCUCCAGAAUGUUUCCUUUAAAUCUUAAUUUCCACAAUGUUAUCUCUUUUUGUCAAGUACUUGUUUAGAUGUUAUCAUUUGUAUAUAUCAUUUCUUAAAAGGUGUUUUUUUUUCAGGAAAAAUCAAGCCAUUAUGAAUGUCUUUGUUGCUGGAAAACCUGAGAACUUAAGUAUUUGCCCACAUUUUUCACUUCAAGGCAGGCGUGCUGCCUUUCAUCUGUCUUUGACAGGAUUCAAAUGUCAAAUGAGUUGACUUUUUUUAAGGUCUUUUUUAAUUAUUUAAGUAAUUUGGAUGAUUUGUCCUUGUUGGCUUGUCCUAGUAGUUCCAAUAAUCGAUGUUUAUUGUAGAAUGAGAGCAGUUUGUCAAAACAGUUCUUAUUUUCCAUAUUAAGAGCAAUUCUAUUUUUGCUUCCCUGAAUUUUUGACCUCUUUCCAAAAGGAUUUUUAAAAGAACGCAAGUAAAAUGUGGACAGCUGCAUUACAUUUAAAUUAGUUAACUUGACAACGGUCCGUUUUUCUUUUUUUUCGUUUGUUUUUUUGUCCUACACGAUAUACCUUUUUGUUUGGAUGCAUUUGGAUCAUACAUGGAUUUUGACCUCAAAGUCGCUCAUUUUCUCGUUUGUUUUUGAAAUUUAAUGGAUCUGACAGUAAGCGAGGUGGAUUUUAGUCUGACGCUUAUUCCAAAAAGGUGUGUGCUUAAUUAAAUCUAUCCCCAUGUGAGCGAUUGCGUGUGUGUGUGUGUGUGUGUGUGUGUGUGUGUGUGUGUGUGUGUGUGUGUGUGUGUGUGUGUGUGUCAGUGUAUUGCUUUGCUUUAAUACUGUUGAUCUGUUGUGUGCAUACCCCAAUGGGACUGCAGUGGGUCUGUAUUUGCUUGCAUGGGGACGUCACACCAAUACCAUGAAUGUAGAUAUACACAUACACACUCACACACUCACACACACUCACACACACACACUUUUUUCCCCUCAAAGUUCCUCAGUGAUAAAUCUGCUUAGCACUGUCUUUUGCCUGUCAUUUUUGUGUUGAAAGGCAACUACCAUUCUCAUCAAAGGCUGACUGACCUUUAUAAAUCUCAGCGUUGAUUGAAACAAAACCAGCGUGGAUUAUUUAUAAUUUGGGGAGGUAAUAUGGAAAGUGAUUUGCAACAUUGGCUGGCCAUGAAAGUUGGUAAAAGGGAUUAGGGGGCUGAGCUGUCAAGGAAAUUUGGGUACUUUUUUGUAAAUAUUGCUUUUUUUCUUUUUUUUUUGUAUUGAGUGGUUGUUUUGUUAGUACUUUUAUUUGGCGAACCGUGAUGACUUUUAAGGCCAGUGAGCGCUUUUGUUGCAGGGGAGAAUUUCUCAUUUACCUGGUUUAGUAGUCACCCCUAUGUUGGUUUCUUUGUAGAAAUGUGUAAGAAAGCAAAGCUUUACAAGUUUGUACUGCUGUUCACUUGUCAAAAUUGAUGUUUUCUAUAGCUGAGGGUGUUAUGUCCUUGCAUUUUGAGUAUUCGGGCAAAUAAAUGAUGAUCUUUUAA